CGUGACACAGAAUCUUGCAAAACUAGAUGUCAGGAAAGCUCCAGACUGAGCAUGCGCGGACUGCUCCACGCAUGCUCCGUUGCUUUGGGAUAGCUUAAAAAAUCCCUAGCUCAGAGACCUUGGAAGCCCAGAUUGUUAGGGGGCGGUUGUGAUAGUAGCGUGGGCAUGGGGACCAGAAGGGAAGAAGGGAGAGAGUGUGGCGGCCAGGCACGCUGGACCGUAGCGUUGUUUUGGCUGACGGUGGCCGCUAACUUGUCUUCCGCUUGGGGAAGCGGCGGCCGCCAGCAGCGGCAGUGGCCAGUGCCCUACAGGCGUUUUGAAUUCCGUCCUAAACCAGAUCCUUAUUGUCAAGCUCAAUAUACUUUCUGCCCAACUGGUUCUCCUAUCCCAGUUAUGAAGGAUAAUGAUGUCCUAGAAGUUUUUCGAUUACAAGCCCCAGUAUGGGAAUUUAAAUAUGGUGAUCUUCUGGGACAUUUGAAUAUUAUGCAUGAUGCUAUUGGAUUCAGAAACGUUUUGACAGGAAAGAACUACACCAUGGAAUGGUAUGAACUUUUCCAACUUGGAAACUGUACAUUUCCUCAUCUCCGACCUGAAAUGAAUGCCCCAUUCUGGUGUAAUCAGGGAGCUGCCUGUUUUUUUGAAGGUAUUGAUGAUAUUCACUGGAAAGAAAAUGGGACCUUAGUCCUGAUAGCAACCAUAUCAGGAAAAAUAUUUAACCAAAUGGCAAACUGGGUGAAACAGGAUAAUGAAACAGGUAUUUAUUAUGAGACAUGGACUGUCCAGUCCAGUCCAGAAAAACAGUCAACAACAUGGUUCGAAUCUUAUGACUGUUCCAAAUUUGUGUUAAGAACAUAUAAGAAGUUGGCUGAACUUGGGGCCAAAUUUAAGAACAUACAAACCAACUACACCAGAAUAUUUCUGUAUAGUGGAGAACCUACGUAUGUGGGAAAUGAAACCUCAAUUUUUGGACCUGCAGGAAACAAGUCUCUUGCUACGGCCAUAAAGAGUUUUUAUUAUCCAUUUCGACCUCAUUUGUCAGCUAAAGAAUUUGUGUUAAGUCUUGUAAAAAUUUUUGAUGCAGUGCUGAUCCACAGGCAGUUUUAUUUGUUUUAUAAUUUUGAAUAUUGGUUUUUGCCUAUGAAGUACCCCUUUAUAAAGAUAACAUAUGAAGAAAUCCCUUUACCAAACAAACAAAACACCAGUUUCUAAAGUACUGGGACUCCUGAAGAAGGAAAUGUCAAUAUAUUUUCUUGAAUAUUCAGGGAGUAAUUUGGUCCUAUUAUGAAUCAUUCCAGGUCUCUUCUUUCAUUUAAAAAAAAAAAAAAAAACCUUUCUAGUUUUUGUAAGUGACAAGGAGAUAAAACUUAAAUCAACAAAUCCUUUUGCCUGUUAAUAUCUAUUGAGAGCUUAAAAUACGAUAUUAUAUUGGUAAAAGUUGGCCUCUUGGAUUAACUGGAUUUCUAAGUUAACACAAAAGAAAAGUAAUAGUAUCUGGGCUAUUAUUAAACAGAUUAUGUUAUAGUGUGCCUUUUACAUAAUAGGUGCUUAAUAAAUAUUUAAGUAUAUAUAAUUACUACAAUGCAAAAGUUAUAUCUUCUGUUCUUCAUGCCACUUAGGACUUUUUAAUCAGUAUCCUGUGUUGUAAUAAAUUUAGACUGCCUUUGGAUCUAAGUGCCCUGAAUGAAUUUUAUUUAUUGGAGUUUCUAAGACAUUUUUUCUCCUUAAACCUAGCAAAUGUGAAAGCUCAUUUUCUCACUAUAGACUUUCAGCUUCAGAAUUUCCUGGGAUUUCAGUGUCACAUUUUAAGCUGGGAACAUAGUGCUUCAUGGUUUGUCAUUAAACAUCUUAGAACCAGUGGGCACAAUUAACCCUUAAUAUGUUUUACCUCCCUUCCCUAACUAGCAGUGAUAUGUAGGAUUAAGUAACAAUGUUCACAUAUCGCAUUUAACUCUCUGAAACACUGUAUUUCUUGGGUAUACAGGUCUAUGUCAUAAAUUCAUGACAUGCCCCAAAUUACAAUUUUUAGUCCUUUACCUUGCUCAUUAAUCGGUUUUAGACAUAGACAGUUUUUGAAAAAGCAACCUUGUUGAAAGGAUGGCUAUAUUGUAAAGUAUUCCUCUAGAGGGCAAAUUUUAAACCUCAUACACAUUUUUUAAAAAACCAAAUAGUGUAAGUUCAUAUACAAUCCACUCUGGGUACACAGUAAAUAACAAAAGGCAGGGGGCUGCUAAGCUCUAAGCAUCUGUAUUAAGUAUAAGUUAAGUUGUUAAACAUUAUUGAAAAAUUAAGUAUCUUUAGAUGUAAUUAUGAUGUUGCCGAAGGAUAUUAUGAAUCAUAUCAUAUCAUACUUUGUGUGAUGUACAAAGUUGCUAGGAGAAAAUAGUUGUUGGGUUUUUAAUUCAUGCAAUGAAAUUUUGGUGUUGUAUAUUUGACAAUAUAUUUAUCAUUCAUACCAAUGAAUCUUAUUUCAAAUUAUAUUGAAUGUAGGCGUAAGAAAUCAUAUGAAGGAAGGUUACACUGAAUUCAGACUUAAGUCGUAGUCAGAAAAUAUUUAGAUGUAUCAAACAUUUACCUCAACAUACUAAAAAGUAUUGUAUUUAAUAAUAUUCUGGGUUAUUUGCAAAAAAAUUGCAAAUUUACACAGUAAUUGACUGUUAAAUAUGAGAUCCUCUCAUGGAGAUUGGAGCUAUCAUAUUUCUAAGUUUAAACUAUUUUAAAUAUAUCUCUCAAAAUCAUUUUAUAAAAAGAAUGCUAUAUUAUGAAUUCUUUUCAGUAGCAUUAAUUAUGUUCUUAGGUUUAGUGAGUGUACUUCUGGGGCUUUUGCUUGGUACUAGUUCUGAUAAGUUGAUAAAAUUAAUUGAAAUAAUACAAUCAAAACAAAAAUAAGAAUUAUGGUAUUCUUAAGAAAUAAUUCUUUUACUUCUAAAAGAAAAAAAUUGCAGUUUUUAAAAGCCUUAAGCUUAUUACUAUAUUAUAAUAAAAUCUUAAAUCUUCAGAGAAUGGGCUUUUAAAAAAUCAGCAAUGAGACUAUUUGAUUUAUAACUUCACACAUUCUGCAUCAGUGAUAGAGUGUAUCAUGUAAUCGAAUGGUGACAUGUCUACUGCCACACAGCUUUGAGACAAAAAGAUCUCUACGCUGAUUGAGCACAUAUUCAAAGUAGGUGAAACCUGAUUUGACUUGUUCAAACCACUUCUCUUUCUCUUCUCUCAAGCAGGGACCAAGUUUUUUCUCUCCCCUUAAACAGAAAAGGAUGAUAUUUAUUUAUACUUGAUUGAUGUUUUAUACAUAUAUAUGAAUGUAUUCCAUUCAAGAUGAUUAAAAUCAAGUAAUUAUUUCAUAAACUUUUUUCUGUGAAAUGAAGAGCCUUAUUAAGUUAAUUUUAGAUACAACAAAAAGGGUGGGGAUAUAUUUUGCAAUCAAUUAUAUUUAUAAGAAUAGUUGUAAAGGUACUCCUACAAUUUUUUGGUGAGAGGCUGAGAGAGUCUGCAAUCUAGAAACUCUUUUGGUGUGGUAUCUCACUCCCAAUCUCUGAUAGGAAAGUUCAAAAUCCACUAGAUUAGUAGUCUUAAAUCCUAUAUCCAAAUCUUGUUCUACUUACUUCAAUAUGAAUUUCUACAUGCGUCAAUUUCCUCAUGUAAAAUAAUACAGAAGUAUGCUGCCACUGAAAUAUAUAGUAUAUUACCAAUUAUGUUGGAUUUACCAAACAAAAUAAAACCCAGAACACACAGCUGCUUUUGUUAUAAAAUAUAAAAAUCCUUUUCCAGAAAAUUAAGAUUUUCCUAUGGUAAUAAAAGAUUUCUUAAGGCCUUUAAAAUCUGCCACGAAGAUGAAUGAAAACAUUAGUAAAUGAGAAAGAUUUAUUAAUUAAUAAAAAAUUGGUAGUUUAUUGACAGAAUUAAGGGGAAUGAUUUCAAUAAUGCUUUAUAUAUAAAAAUUCUUCUCACAGAUCAAAUUGAUCUUGUAUCCCUAAAAGCGCUCCCCCCUCUCACCUACAUAUUGGUGAGAAAAAAAAUGUUCGAGGGCAGGGGAUUGUAGACAAGUUUAACAAAUUUGAAACGUUUUAAAAUUGUGGAUUUGCAAAAUGGUGAGAAAAGCAAAAUUAAUCUUUUAGGGAUACUUAUAACUAAUUAUAGUUCAUUUUCUCUGCUUAGAGGUAGAAUGUAGUGCUAAUUUUUGCCACUGUCCUACUUCUGGAUAUCAAUUGUCUAUAGAUUUUUUUCAAAAAUAAUUAUUCUUCAACAAAAUUUGUGUUCAUAUUAAACUGAGCACAGAUCAAAUAAAAUUUCUCCAAACCAGAACAUUAUUGAAGCUGGAUCUAAAACUUGAGUUUUAAAGUCAGAAAAUAAUUUUUAAAUGCUUAUGUAGCUGUUUGAUUAUGGUAAUACAUCAGAAUUAAGAACUAUCUUUAUUUUCAAAUAGACAAAAAAAUAUUGAACAUAUAAAGUAUAAGUAAAAAUUUAUCUUAAAGACUAUGCAUAUUUUUAUAAAUUGAAAUUAAGUAUCUCAAGCAUAAUACAAAUCAAUUUUUACAAAACGUAAAUUUCCAAAUAAAGCUUUGGUUAUUAGGAUGUAUGUUUGUCAAAACCAUUUACUGAAGAUGUUCUUUUAAAAUACUCCAAGUAUUUAAUAAUUAUUUCUGUUAAAAAGUCAAGCAUAUGUGUUUGUUCAUAUGAGCAUGUAAAAACCAUUAUUGUUUACUUGUUACUUAUUUUUAAAUUUGGGCCAUUAUAUUGUUUCUGCUUAUUUUACAUAUAGCUGAAGAUUAAGUUCUUGUUUCAAAAUCCUAAGGCGGAUCAAAAGUAUUUAGAAGACCUUAAACUACCCUAAUCAAUAUGCAAUCCUAUUUUGAAAUAAAUAAAAUUUAUAAACAGCA